CGAAAUGUCUAUGAAUUGACUAAAGUGCCCCGGGCCGGACCAGAUCAGAUCGACUCCUCCCUCCCUCAUUCGGCUCACCUGAUACAACUUUGAAGGGACAGACGGCGUCGUAGCACCACCACCUUCAUAUCUAGGGUUCAUCCAUCUCGGCCCCAGAUUUCUUCUUAUUGCGAAAAUGACACAAGACGUUGAGAUGAAGGAGCAGCAGCCUGCAGUGUCUAAUUCCAUCGCACCCACUUCCCCCACCGCUUUUCAGCAUUUGAAGGACAUUGCUGCAUUGAUUGAGACUGGGGCUUACACAAGAGAGGUUCGAAGAAUUGUAAGGGCUAUUCGUUGGACAAUUCAGCUAAGGAAGAAGCUAAAGGGUUCUGCACUUUCAGCAUUUCUCAAUUAUGCUCUUGUGCCUGGAUCUGAGGUGCAUUCCCGGUUGUUGUCCUAUGUUCCAAAGGAUGAUGAGCAUGAAAUGGAAAUUGAUACUGCAACAUCCGUCACACAAUCCCCUGCAAAGCAUUCUUUGCCAGAGAUUGAGAUCUUUUGUUAUUUCCUUGUUCUAAUAUAUUUGAUUGAUCAGAAGAAACUCAGUGAGGCCAAGGCUUGUUCUUCGGCUGGCAUUGCUCGCCUAAGGAAUGUCAAUCGAAGAACUGUUGAUGUCCUAGCAUCCCGGCUUUACUUCUACUACUCCUUAAGCUAUGAGCUGACUGGUGACCUCGCUGAAAUACGGGGUAAUCUUCUUGCUUUGCACCGUACUGCUACUCUGCGCCAUGAUGAAUUGGGGCAGGAAACUCUCCUAAAUCUGUUAUUGAGGAAUUAUCUGCAUUACAACUUGUACGAUCAGGCUGAGAAGUUGAGAUCAAAGGCUCCCCGUUUUGAAGCACACUCAAAUCAACAGUUCUGCCGGUACCUAUUUUACCUUGGAAAGAUCAGGACAAUUCAGUUGGAAUACACCGACGCCAAAGAAUCCCUUCUUCAAGCUGCCAGGAAAGCACCUAUUUCUGCUCUGGGGUUUCGAGUUCAAUGCAACAAAUGGGCUGUUAUUGUCCGCUUGCUGCUUGGAGAAAUUCCAGAAAGGACAGUUUUUAUGCAGAAAGGGAUGGAAAAAGCACUGAGGCCAUAUUUUGAGCUUACCAAUGCUGUCCGGAUUGGUGAUUUGGAGCUCUUCAAGUCAGUGGCUGAAAAGUUUUCCAGCACCUUCAGCACAGAUCGAACUAAUAAUUUAAUUAUCAGGUUAAGACACAAUGUUAUUAGGACUGGCUUACGCAACAUCAGCAUCUCAUACUCCCGGAUUUCUCUCGCUGAUGUUGCUAAGAAGUUGAGGUUGGAUUCUGCAAAUCCAGUUGCUGAUGCAGAAAGUAUUGUUUCCAAAGCAAUUCGAGAUGGUGCAAUCGAUGCCAUGAUAGAUCAUGUUAAUGGAUGGAUGGUGUCAAAGGAGACGGGGGACAUUUACUCUACAAACGAGCCUCAGAUUGCUUUUAACUCGAGAAUUGCAUUCUGUCUGAAUAUGCACAAUGAAGCAGUACGUGCCCUCCGCUUCCCCCCCAAUUCCCACAAGGAAAAGGAGAGUGCUGAGAAGAGAAGGGAGAGACAGCAGCAAGAGCAAGAGCUUGCUAAACAUAUAGCAGAGGAGGAUGAUGAUGAAUUCUAAAGAUAUGCAUGCCUAUAUAAGCUAUCUAUGUUUCUAUCUAUCAAGAAUGUUUCGUUUUGGGAUAGAAAUUCAUUCUAUGCUGAUGGGGCUGGACUACUUGUAAUUUCCUGCACCAGAUUUUCUGCUGUAUGGAUUUCAUGUUUUCUUCCUAAGGAUAUUUUUACUGGUUGUUGCACUUGCUGAAGUUGGAGAAGAAUACUGCUGCUGUUACAUGAAUGUUUUUAUUAAUUUGGUUCAGUUUCCUGU